AUGUAUGAGAAUUCAAGACUCCUAAAGAGAAUCUUGAUAUAUCUCCUGAUCAUCCAGUAACAUUUAACAAACUCGAUAAACAAUCUUGACCGUAUGUAAAAGGAUAGGGAGAUUUUAGAGAAUUUACCUAAAAAGAAUAAAACUUAUUAGCUUAAAUAGAGACUUUAUAAUAAGAAAUUCAUAAAAGAAAUGAAAAAAUAUUUGAAAAUAUGCAAUAGAUUUAUUAAAAAUAUGCAGUGUAUUAUUGAUUAAGAUCAAAGAGUAUUAUAACUAUAUAUUAUUUUAUAGUGGGAAAAAUGUUAAUAGUUUAGGAUUAAAAGAAAGAACGAAUAGAAAAUAUUGAAGUUCUAUUCAAUAUUUCAAUAAUAAAAUGCAAAAAUAUGAAUAUCUAACAAUCUGAAAAAUUAGAAACAAAUGAACAAAGAUUACUAAGAUUGUACAAAAAAAAUAAUAAAAAGUUAUUGAAAACGAACUAAGAGUAAAAGGAAAAAGAUAAAAAAUAAAAAAAUAAAAAAACUAAGAAAAGUUAGGAUAAAAAAGAGAACAAAGGGAAAAAUAAUAAAUCUCAAAAAUUAGAUAGCGUAAGUCAAAAAUGA